UAACCAAUUGACUAAAGAUGGAAUUGUCCAAUAUCAUGUCAACUGCGCCAACAAUACCAGCAAAAGUAAUUGUGGUAUUACUAUUAUGCAAAGCCAUUACUUUGUUCCCCAAUAUUGCUACCGCCAUGAUUGCAGAGGAGAAACGAGCUCUGCUUCAGAGCACUUGGUGGAAUGGCAACAACUUCUCAAACGACCCUUGUGAAUGGAUUGGCAUAUCUUGCAAUAACAUUGGGAGGGUUAUUUCUAUGAGGACUCCAAUACUCACUCAUCAACAGCCUCUGCUAGCAGAUCUCAAUUUCACAGCUUUUUUGAACUUGGAAGAUUUGGAUCUCCGAGGCAUGGGUCUCAUAGGUAUGAUUCCGACUCAGAUAGGAGAUCUUCGAAAUCUCACCUCUUUGCAUUUAAUAGGCAACUUCUUACAGGGUGAAUUACCUUCCACUCUUGCCAAUCUCACUCAUUUAAAAUUUUUGGAUUUGAGUAGAAACUACCUAGCUGGAGCCAUUCCUUCUCCAAUUUUAAAUUUGCCGAAAUUAGAAGUGCUUAACGUUUCCCAAAAUAAGCUCAGUGGAAACAUUCCCUAUAUUGAGAACCAUAUAAAUUUUGAAGGUGACUUUAGUCAUAACAUGAUCAGUGGAGUAUUACCACGUAGCUUGUGCUUUACUCCACAAAUGUGUCGCAUUGAUUUGAGCUACAAUAAUAUCUCUGGUAAUAUAUCUAGAGAACUUGGUAAGAUGCAAUACAUCAACUUGCAAAACAAUUUUCUCAGCGGCAAAGAGAAGACACGAGAUUCCUUCAAAAUGUCAGAGUCUACGUUGCACAUCUUUAUUUCCAUGGAUAUUUCCCUUGCCAUCCUGAUUGCGGGUUACAUCAUAUUUAAGUUAUUUAAAAGGAAAAGGGAAUCCAAAAUUGAGAGGAGGGAGAGCAAGAAUGGGAAUUUAUUUUCCAUAUGGAAUUUUGAUGGUAAAAUUGCAUAUGAAGAUAUCAUUAAAGCAACUGAAGACUUUGACAUUAAGUAUUGCAUUGGAACUGGUGCCUAUGGAAGUGUCUAUAAGGCACAACUUCCUAGCGGCAAAAUUGUAGCUUUGAAAAAACUCCAUAGAGGAGAAUAUGAAAACCCAUCAUUUGUUAAGAGUUUUCACAAUGAAGUGAAGAUGUUAGCUGAAAUCCGACAUCGCAAUAUCGUGAAGCUUCAUGGUUUUUGUUUGCAUAAUCGAUGCAUGUUUCUCAUCUAUGAAUUCAUGGAAAGAGGAAGCCUUUUUUAUGUCUUGAAUAAAGCUGAUGAAGCUAGAGAGUUUGAUUGGAGAAAGAGGGUAAAUGUCAUUAAAGGAAUAGCAAAUGCGCUGUUCUACAUGCAUCAUGAUUGCGCUCCACCAAUUAUCCAUCGAGACAUAACGAGCAGUAAUGUAUUAUUGAAUUCUAGGAUGGAGGCUGUUGUAUCUGACUUCGGCACAGCUAAAAUUCUUAACCCAGAUUCAUCUAAUCAAACUCUUUUGGUUGGUACUUAUGGUUAUGUUGCUCCAGAGCUUGCAUACACUUUAGUUGUGACUGAAAAAUGUGACGUUUAUGGUUUUGGAGUGGUGACAUUGGAAACAAUCAUAGGAAAACAUCCUGGAGAUUUAAUAUCAUCUUUAUCAAAUACUUGCACUGAAAGCAUUUUGUUAAAAGAUGUGUUAGACCCACGUCUUCCACUACCAUCAAGACAAGAUGCAAGAGAUGUGAUUCUUUUGAUCAAAAUUGCAUUAGCAUGUUUGAAACCAUCACCGAACUCUCGACCAUCAAUGCAGCAAGUGACUCAAAAGCUUUUAUUUUUCAAGCUGCCAUUAGCUAUUCCUUUGAAUAACAUCUCGAUCCAGCAUUUGGUAAAUCAAGAUUUACAAAUAAUAUAGUCCAGCAAACAGCUAGGAGAUUUGACUCUAUGUUGGCUUUGCACCUUAGGAUGAAACUUUCAUGGACUAACCACAAAUAAAAAGUCCAGAUUUGAUGUUUGCCAUAUGUUUAG